AAGAGCCCACCGAUGUGGGACAAAUUUGCCAAACUUCAACACAGCUAACUAAAUUGGUGCAAUUUGCUAAAAACAAUGGCUCAAUCCUUGUUUAUGAUUCUGCAUAUGCAAUGUAUAUAUGUGACGACAGUCCAAAGUCCAUCUUUGAGAUUCCUGGAGCCAAAGAGGUUGCCAUUGAGGUUUCAUCGUUUUCGAAGUAUGCUGGUUUCACUGGAGUUCGUUUAGGUUGGACUGCAAUUCCCAAAGCACUCCUAUAUUCUGAUGGAUUUCCUGUAGCAAAAGACUUCAAUCGCAUUGUUUGUACUAGCUUCAAUGGUGCAUCCAAUAUCGCUCAAGCUGGCGGUCUGGCUUGCCUUUCACCUGAUGGUUUCAAGGCCAUGAAGGACGUGGUUAGUUUCUAUAAAGAAAACACAGAAAUCAUAAUGGAGACAUUUAAGUCACUAGGUUACAAGGUGUAUGGAGGUAAAAAUGCACCCUACGUGUGGGUUCACUUCCCUGGACGAAGCUCAUGGGAGGUUUUCAGCGAGAUACUUGAGAAGACUCAUGUCGUUACCACACCAGGCAGUGGUUUUGGACCUGGUGGUGAAGGUUUUGUCAGAGUAAGUGCAUUUGGGCACAGGGAGAACGUCGUAGAAGCUUGCAGAAGAUUCAAGGAAUUGUACAAGUGAAGUAACUCGUAUGCCUGGAUGUCCAUGUGAAAACAUGCAGGUAAAUGGGAAACACUUUUGGCCUUGAGAGGCUUCAUUCAGAUGCUGUAUCUUGAAUGCUCAAACAUUUUGAUCAUGUAUGGAAUUUGUUGCUUUGGAAGAAUAAGCUUAUUCUGUGAUUGCCAGUGAUUGGUUCCUCUUUGUUAUCUCUUGUCAAGAUUAGAUUCAUAUACACAUAAUGGACACGGAUGAUGAAUUU